CAUCAGUCCACCUUCAGUGUCAAGCUAUUUAACACAUCAUUUCUUCCCUUCCUGCAAACAGUGAUCAAAACGCUACCGCAUCACAUUUUCAUCAGGAAAAAUCAUUUGGCUUACUGAUGCCAUCGCUGGGGAGCUUAAGCCCAGCAGCCUCUUCGCACGCCUCUAAAUCCCCUUUUUGCGCUAAAUACACUUUGGACCGGAAACUUGCAGAUUAUCAACCAAGUGGACAUGAGGAUGAUACCGCAGAUUUGUUGCGGGUCUUUUUCAAAUACCUGCCACUGGAUGGACAAGUCAACCUGGCAGAGGAUGUAGACAGAUGUCCUGACGGUGAAGCACUUUGGCAGCUUUCUAAAAACCUUGAUGACGGCGUGCUACGGCCUAUGCUAGCCCAUGGUGGCACUACCCCCGCCAUAACUCCAUCUCCACGCUUUGCAAUCGAAGAUUCUAUUGACAAUCUGGUCUCUGAAGAUGUCAGCUCCAUUACUAGAGCCGAUCAGAGCCGACUGCGCAAAAACUGUCUUGCCAGGGAUGGACAGAGAUGCGUUGUAUCCAACUAUUGGAGCUCGUGUUACAAAGAACGCCCGGUUGACGCGCUCGAUGCUCCUUUGGAAGCAGUCCACAUUAUUCCAUCUGCCUUGAAUAAACGCCAAGAGGAUAAUGACGAUGAGCGAUUCAGGCACGCAGCGAUUUGGGUUAAUAUCUACCGAUACUUUCCUGGCCUUUGCUCCCGCCUCAACUUUUCUUCGGAAGACAUCAACCAAGAGAUGAACGCGAUGAUGAUGUAUGCCCCGCUCCAUCAACAGUUUGGGGUGUUCCGUUUUGUCUUUGAAGCCACUGAAACUUUGCAUCAAUACCGCAUCAAAACAUUCCCAAAGCUGCCCAGUGUGUUCCUAAGGGAUAUACCCCCCGAUGGACUUGUCACCUUCACAAGUCAUGAUGGGAGAUAUUCCCUUCCCCACCCAACUCUCCUUGCCGUGCAUUCUGCAAUCGGUAACAUCCUACAUUUUAGUGGGCGCUUGGAGAAGAUAGAGAAGUUAAAGCGAGAUCUUCAGGAAAUAGGUGGACUUGCCCACAAUGGGAGUACUCCAAUAGGGGACCUUCUCUCAAAGCCCAAGGAGCAGCAGCCGCGCGUGCCAGAUAUGCUAUCUGGUACUGAAAACGAACGACCGGGCCGUUCAACUUGAGGAUAAAUCCCCACAAGUCCAGAAGAAUUGAACAAACCUACAAAAGAAGCCACGAAAUUUGCCGCGUGGUAUUUGCCGAACUUGGUUACUGCGAAUACUGGCUCGAUUGAUUAUCUCCAGGAACUUGAGAUUUAAACCCUGGGUGCGCGGUUUGAGGCAAACCGGGACUGAUAACUCUAUCCGCUCCUCGUACAUCAAGGUGGAUGGGUCCAGAAAAACAGGGAAAGGCGUAACUGCUACUGCUUCACAUAUUUAAUAUAUAAAACUCGUAGUCAGUCGCCUUGUCAUUAGGCC